GAGUUCAGCUGCCACCUGAGUUCUCCAGGAGCCGCCGCAACACACACGGUGGGCAGCAUGUCGGCGACAGCGGCGGCUCGAAAGAGGGGAAAGCCGGCUUCGGGGGCCGGGGCUGGUGCGGGGGCCGGCAAGCUGCGGCGAAAGGGAGACUCUUCUGGGGACAAGGGCAAGUCCAAGGGUGGCGGCAAGAUGAAUGAGGAGAUCUCAAGCGACUCGGAGAGUGAGAGCCUAAUUCCCAGGAGGAAUGAGGAGGAGGAGGAGGAGGAGCUGGAGGAGACCGCACAGGAGAAGAAGCUGCGCUUGGCCAAGCUCUACCUUGAGCAGCUCAAGCAGCAAGAGGAGGAGAAGGCCGAGGCCCGCGAAUUUGAGGAGGACCAGGUGGCGGGGAGGCUGAAGGAGGACGUGCUCGAGCAGAGAGGCAGGCUGCAGAAGUCGGUGGCAAAGGAGAUCCAGGCCCCAGACCCUGCUGACAUUCGAAUCUUACGAGGCCACCAGCUGUCCAUCACAUGUUUGGUUAUCACCCCUGACGACCUGGCCAUCUUUUCUGCCGCCAAAGACUGCACCAUUAUUAAGUGGAGUGUGGAAAGUGGACGGAAGCUUCAUGUGAUCCCUCGAGCCAAGAAGGGUGCUGAGGGGCAGCCCUCUGGCCAUAGUAGCCACAUCCUCUGCAUGGCCAUCUCCUCCGAUGGCAAGUACCUGGCCUCGGGUGACCGCAGCAAGCUCAUUCUCAUUUGGGAGGCCCAGAGCUGCCAGCACCUGUACACCUUCACGGGACACCGGGACGCCGUGUCGGGGCUGGCAUUCCGCAGAGGCACCCACCAGCUCUACAGCACAUCCCACGACCGCUCUGUAAAGGUGUGGAAUGUGGCAGAGAACUCCUACGUGGAGACGCUCUUCGGGCACCAGGAUGCCGUGGCUGCACUGGAUGCUCUGAGCAGGGAGUGCUGCGUGACCGCUGGAGGCCGGGACGGGACCGUGCGUGUGUGGAAGAUCCCCGAGGAGUCCCAGCUUGUCUUCUAUGGCCACCAGGGCUCCAUCGACAGCAUCCAGCUCAUCAACGAGGAGCACAUGGUGUCGGGUGCAGAUGAUGGUUCUGUAGCCUUGUGGGGCCUCUCUAAGAAGCGGCCACUUGCCCUGCAGCGUGAGGCCCAUGGGCUGCGGGGGGAGCUGGGCUUGGAGCAGCCCUUCUGGGUGUCAUCGGUGGCAGCCCUGCUCAACACAGACCUCGUGGCCACAGGCUCUCACAGCAGCUCUGUGCGGCUCUGGCAAUGCGGGGAGGGCUUCCGGCAGCUUGACCUUCUCUGCGACAUCCCCCUGGUGGGCUUUAUCAAUAGCCUCAAGUUCUCCAGUGCUGGGGACUUCCUGGUGGCCGGGGUAGGGCAGGAGCACAGGCUUGGCCGGUGGUGGCGGAUCAAAGAGGCCCGGAACUCCGUCUGUAUCAUCCCUCUCCAUAGGGCCCCCAGGCCCCCUGCUGCUGGCUCCUGACACUCUCAUCCCCUUUAUUUAAGUUCUUCCCAGGCUAUCCCCCCUGCCUUCUUUGUAUUAAAAGCCUCCUCUUCUGGG